UAGGAGACAGCCAUCAUUGCAAAGGCACCCCUUCUCGUCAUGGUGAAGAUCAGAGCGUUGGGUUCCGCGUGCGUGACCCUUGUUUCCGGUGUUCAGGCCUUCGUACCCUCGAGCCCACCGGCCGUAACGUCACCGCCCCCACCGACAACGGGAAGAGGAGAAACCGCCUCUUCCUCGGCAGCGGCAGCAAGCCGCCUAGACUUUCUCCGCGGCGCGGGGGCAGCGGCGGCCGCCGCCGCCGCCGGCUUCGCUCUGCUGCCCGCGGCUGGCAACGCGCAGACGUUCACGGACGAUGCCCUGGGCUUCAAUUUCGACGUCCCAGACGGGUGGGAGAGGAACGACGCCGAGAUUUCGGGGAGGCGGAAGAUAGUCGUGUACACGAGCCCGACGACUCCCGGGGCAAACGCCUUUGUGGCCUACACGCCCGCACGAGGCGAUUUCACUACCUUGGGUUCAUUCGGUACUCUGGACGAAGUUAGCAAGACCGUGCUUCCGGAGGCUAGCGGCGUCUCGAGCAGGAUGUUGGAGUCGUACACCUACAAGAACUCCUACGUGUACGACUACAUCGUCGAUCAGGAGGGCCGCCCGGAGAAGCACAUCAAGACUAUGUGGGUUCUCUUCCCGGAGCAGGGGCAACUUGCGACGAUAACCGCACAGUGCAACGAGUCCGACUACGCGAAAGUGGGCAAGACGAUCGAUUCGUUGAUCGCCUCUGUCACCAAGAAGAAGUGAUGUUGUUCUUUGUCAGUUAGUUAUCCGUCAGGGUUCUCCGUUGGUACGGGUUUCCGUCUUGGUAUUGAUGCCGUCAGGGUCCCUCGCUUGUGCCGGUGUUACUGUGCGGGUUUCAGUCUCAAUAUCCAUACCGUCAGGGUUCUCCAUCGGUGCGGGUUUCCGUCUCGGUAUUGAUGGCGUCAGGGUCCCUAGUUUGUGCGGGUAUUACUGUGCGGGUUUCCGUCUCAACAUCGCUACCGUCAGAGUUCUUUUACCAGAGCAGGUU